AUGAGGCGAAGAGCAACAGAUUUUCGAAGGCCAGUGCGGAAAAGGGUUCCUGAUGUGUUGUGGUGGGCAUUAUGCUGUGCAGUGCUUCUUAUCUUUAUCUAUAUUCUGACUAGAGGGACUCAGAUUGAGUCUAGACCGGUUUUGUCCAAGAGAACUUACAAAAAUGAUAGGAUUAUGGAAGGCCUUAAUAUUACUGAAGAGAUGUUAAGUUCAGACUCGGUGACCAGACAACUGAAUGAUCAGAUAUCCCUAGCAAAAGCUUUUGUUAUAAUUGCUAAAGAAAGUAACAAUCUCCAAUUUGCUUGGGAACUAAGUGCUCAGAUCCGCAAUUCGCAAAUUCUUCUCUCAAAUGCUGCCACUAGGCGUUCUCCUUUAACAACCAGAGAAUCAGAGAGUGCUAUCCAUGAUAUGGCAUUAUUGUUAUACCAGGCCCAGCAGCUCCAUUAUGACAGUGCAACCAUGAUCAUGAGAUUCAAAGCGAAAAUCCAGGCUCUUGAAGAACAGGUGAGUUCCGUAAACGAAAAGAGUUCAAAAUAUGGACAAAUAGCGGCUGAAGAAGUCCCAAAAAGCUUAUACUGUCUUGGUGUCAGAUUGACAACAGAGUGGUUCAAAAACCUUAAUUUGCAAAAGAAAUCGAAGAAUAACGGGGUCCUCGAGAUGAAGAUUAAUGAUAGAAAUCGCUACCACUUUUGCGUGUUCUCUGAUAACAUUAUUGCAACUUCGGUCGUAGUCAAUUCAACUGCAAAAAGUUCUAAAAAUCCCAACAUGAUUGUUUUUCACAUUGUCACUGAUGAAAUAAAUUAUGCUGCAAUGAAGGCGUGGUUUGCCAUAAACAAUUUCCGUGGGGUUACUGUAGAAGUUCAGAAGUAUGAAGACUUCACUUGGUUAAAUGCUUCAUAUGUUCCCGUGCUUAAGCAACUUCAAGACUCAGAAAUACAGAGCUACUACUUUUCUGGAAACAGUGAUGAUGGAAAGACACCUAUCAAGUUUCGUAAUCCCAAAUAUCUAUCCAUGCUUAACCACCUAAGGUUUUAUAUCCCUGAAGUUUUUCCUGCACUGAAGAAAAUCGUGUUCCUGGACGAUGAUGUGGUGGUUCAGAAGGAUUUGUCUGAUCUUUUUUUACUUGAUUUGAAUGGGAAUGUUAAUGGAGCUGUUGAGACAUGCAUGGAGACAUUUCAUAGAUACCAUAAAUACCUGAACUAUUCUCAUCCUCUUAUAAGAGCACAUUUUGAUCCCGAUGCAUGCGGAUGGGCAUUUGGGAUGAAUGUAUUUGAUUUGGUUGAAUGGAGAAAAAAGAAUGUAACUGGCAUCUACCACUAUUGGCAAGAAAAAAACGCAGAUCGCACACUCUGGAAACUCGGCACCUUGCCACCUGGACUGUUGACAUUUUAUGGAUUAACCGAGCCCUUGGAUCCAUCGUGGCAUGUACUGGGUUUUGGCUACACAAACGUUGAUCCUCAGUUGAUAGAGAGAGGGGCGGUACUACACUUCAAUGGCAACUCCAAACCUUGGUUGAAGAUUGGGAUUGAAAAAUACAAGCGCAUAUGGGAAAAACACAUUGACUACUCUCAUCCCUUAUUGCAGCAAUGCAACUUUCAUUGA